AUGGAGGAAGAACAUGAGGAGGCCGUCUAUCCUAGAGAAGAAGAUGGAAGAAAUUCUACAAGGAAAGGGGGAGGCUCAAACAACGGCUGUGGUGGUGGCGGCGGCGGCGAUGGUGGUGGAAACAUUGCCAGUGGAGGCGAUGGCGGUGGUGGAAACCAGGCAUGGAACGGUGAAGGUGGCGGCAGCGAUGGUGGCGAAAGUGUAAAAUGGGGUGGCGAUGGCGGUGUGGUCGUAAAGUGCGAUGGCGGUGGUGGUGGUGGCUCUGAUGUUGGCGGCACCAAUGGUGGCGGCGGACUGUGUCUACGAGUCCAUGGCCGUGAUGACAUGGUGGUGGCGGAGGCGGUGGCGGCGGCGGCGCUCGAGCAGAGAUUUCUGGCAAGAGAUGAUAGUGUAAUGAGUUCCCGAAAGAAAAUGAACUGCCUAUUACCUUGA